CCAAGCAGUAGAAUGAGUUCAGUUUUUCAAGGGUCAGCCCAUUUUUUCCUGAUUGUCUAUGGACCUGCACCUCAUUGGCUGGGGAAAUGGCAAUGCCUCUUCAAGCCAACGUUUAAAAUUUAGACAGGGGACACACCUUGGUCAUUCUUGCAACUCUUCCUAGAACUGAAUCAUCAAACAAUCAAUCAUGAGAGUCCUCGAUUUGUCAGUGAAACCUGGUGACUGCAUCAAACUGAAGGGGAAAAUUCAUCAGGGGGCCAAGAGUUUUAUCAUCAACUUAGGUCGUGAUGAUUCAAAUCUGGCCCUUCACCUGAGCGUUCGCUUUCAAGCCCAAGGAGACGUCAAGAAGGUGGUGUGUAAUUCCAAAUCAAAUGGUCAGUGGGGUGCGGAGGUACGGCCAUCGAUAUUCCCGUUCCAGGAAGGAGCUGAAAUCAAGAUGUGCCUCUGCUACCAAUCUGGGGAGAUAAAGGUGAAGAUUGAUGGACAUGAAAUCAGCUUCCCCAAUCGUCUUGGCCUGAAUUCUGCCCAAUUCUUCUCAGUGGAUGGAGACAUGAGCCUUCUGUCUUUCAAGUGUUCAUGAAACAUAGUCACACUUCCACCCUGUGGAUUUCCUGAAUAAGAUACAAAAAAGGCGAAUGAAUAAGUCGUUUUGACUUCUGUCUCAGUUUCUUUUUUAUUCCUUUUAAAAUAAUAAUAUGAAAGAAAUAACACAUUAAUAUAAUUAUGGUAAACAUGCAUGCAUUGUCAAAAAGAAAAAAAAAGAAAAUGAUUUUAAAAAGUGGAAAAAAAUACAACC